UAAAACCGUUUUACGCAGAUUUCUUUGGGUUCUCUGCGAAAUUUUGGCGAUUUACGGAUCUUUUAAUGUGAUGCGGGACAGUUGGAUACGAUACAAUACAAACCCUACUGUUAUAACAGUACAGAAAGAUUAUCGAUUUUGGUACCUUCAGUUUCCAAGUUCUACAUUCUGUUACGUAGACCCCGUGGACACAGAAUUCGCUAAAGAUUAUGUACAGCGUAAAUGGAAAGUAAGUUCUGGCGAAAAAUUUGAUUACUACAUGGAUUUUGUGAAAAAAGUAGCGAACAUAACGUAUGAAAACAUAGACAGCAUUGCGCCUUUUGUUAAUAAUACUGAAUUAAUAAAUGUUAACAUUAUCGACUUGGUUUUGAAGGUAUUGUUGAAUACGUACAUGCUGAACCUCGUUUUAGAACCACAAUAUUCAGCACUGACUAUAAAAAUAUCACUUUUCAACCAGUAUUAA